AUCUCACCUUCACUUCCAACUGCCCGCUUUCAUAUUUUCUAAUACCUAAAAUAACCUCAAGUUUUAAACUAUUUGCAACCCAGUCCCGGCUUCUGCUUCAUUUUCCCUCCAUUUGGAGCCUGGAAACGAGUCCAGGUUUCAAUGGCGGAACCCAUCAGACCGUUCUUUUGUCUCUUUUCACUCCCUGCUUCCACUUUCUAAAACGAAAGGCGGAUUGGACAGAAGCCCGCGCGCGCGCAGUGGGAGAGAGAGAGAGAGAGAUGCAGAGAUUCUUUGUGGUCGCAGCUCUAGUGUUGCUGCAGCGAUGGCCCAUGGUGUUCUCCUUGAAUCAGGAAGGUGAAGAUCUUCUUCAGGUUAAACUCGGUCUUGACGACCACAGGAACGCUCUCGCUAACUGGGAUCCUAAUGAUUCCACUCCCUGCAGCUGGGCAGGAAUCACCUGCUCCAACAUUACAGGCACCAGCGGAAAGCCUUCCGUGACAGGAGUUGAUCUCCACGACCUCGAUCUUUCUGGGCCAUUCCCCGCCUCUUUCUGCCGCCUUCCCAAUCUCUCCUUCCUCUCCCUCUCCCUUAAUUUCAUUAACUCUACCCUCCUAAAUUCCUCAAUCCUGCCCUGCCCUGCUCUCACCCACCUCGACCUUUCCCAGAACCUUCUCGUUGGUUCCCUUCCUUCUGCUCUUUCCUCUCUUCCUCUCCUCCGCUACCUUGAUCUUACAGGUAACAAUUUCACCGGAGCCAUACCCCUCUCAUUUGCCCUCUUCCCUUCUCUCCAAAUCCUCUCCCUUACCGCUAACCUCCUCAAUGAAACCAUUCCCGAAUUUCUUGGCAACAUUUCCACUCUCCAGGAACUCAAUCUCGCCUACAAUCCCUUCGCCUCUGGCCCCAUCCCUUUUUCUCUAGCCAACCUCAGCAAUCUCCAAACCAUCUGGCUUGCAGGCUGUGGUCGCAUUGGCCAGAUUCCUCCAACCCUCAGCCGCCUCAAGAAGCUCAUUAAUCUUGACCUAUCCAGCAACCUUCUCACUGGUACCAUUCCCGACACUCUCUCCGGCCUAGGUUCCGCUGUCCAGAUAGAGCUAUACAACAAUUCACUCUCCGGCUAUUUCCCCACCGGGCUCUCAAAUAUCACCACCCUAAGUCGUUUCGACUCAGCCAUGAACCUCCUCUCCGGCCCGAUUCCCGAUGAUGUCUUCUCUAUCCCACUACUUGAAAGCCUCCAUCUUUACCAAAACACAUUCAACGGCUCUCUUCCUGCCACCGCUGCCAAGGCUGGCAAACUUGUGGAACUUCGUAUAUUUUCAAACCAUCUCUCGGGUUCUCUUCCCGCCGAACUUGGCACUAACUCGCCGCUAAUGUUCCUGGAUCUAUCAGGCAACCAGCUCACUGGCGAGAUCCCAAAAGGAAUCUGCGACGGCGGCAAGCUGCAGGAGAUUCUUCUCAUUAACAAUUAUCUUUCCGGCAGCUUGCCUGAAGGUCUCGGACGUUGCCGGACUCUUACACGUAUCCGUCUUGCAAAUAAUAGGCUCUCUGGCGACGUGCCUGCUGGUAUGUGGGGGCUGCCUCACGUCUCGAUUAUGGAACUCACGGACAACUCCUUUUCUGGCGGUAUAGCUCCCAGCAUCGCCGAAGCCGCCAAUCUUUCCAAUUUGCUGAUCGCCGGGAACCAGUUUAACGGAAUUAUUCCAGAGGGAAUCAGUUCACUCUCUAAGCUUUAUGAAUUCUCUGCCUCGGAUAACCAGCUCGCAGGUCCAUUGCCAGAGUCACUUGGAUUAUUAACAGAACUCGGACAAUUAGAUCUCCACAACAACUCUCUAUCCGGAGAGUUGCUCACUGGAAUUCAGUCCUGGAGGAGGCUUACCAAGCUAAACCUUGCAAACAAUGAAUUUUCAGGAAAAAUUCCGCUGGAGCUGGGGAACUUGCCGGUUUUGAACUACCUUGACCUAUCAGGUAACGUCCUUUCAGGUGAGAUCCCUAUCCAACUGCAGAAUUUGAAGCUAAACCAGUUCAAUCUAUCCAGUAAUCAGCUGUCAGGUCCCAUCCCGCCAAUCUUCCACAACGAAGCCUACAAAACUAGCUUCCUUGGCAAUCCGGGCUUGUGCGCGGAUUUUAAUGAUCUAUGCCCGAGCAACGAUAGUAAUAGACACGGCCGCAGCAAGUUCUUCUGGCUUCUUUGUGCAAUCUUUUUGUUUGCUGCGUUGGUAUUCGUUGUUGGGAUUGCUUUGUUCUACUGGAAGUAUAGGAGCAUCAAGAGGGGCAAGAAAAUGAUGGAUAAAUCCAAGUGGACCCUGACUUCAUUCCACAAGCUGGGCUUCAGUGAGUAUGAGAUAUUGGAUUCAUUAGAUGAGGAUAACGUAAUUGGCAGCGGGGCAUCUGGUAAGGUUUACAAGGUAGUUCUGGGCAACAAUGAGGCUGUGGCUGUGAAGAAGCUGUGGAAAACAAAAUCUUUGAAGAAUGAUGGCGUUAACCAGCAGGAAACUGCUUGUGAUGCUUUCGAUUCAGAGGUAGCGACUUUGGGGAAGAUUAGACACAAGAAUAUUGUAAAGCUCUGGUGCUGUUGCAGUCACAGGGAAUGCAAGCUUCUGGUUUAUGAGUACAUGCCGAAUGGGAGUUUGGGGGACUUACUGCAUAGCAGCAAGGCGAGUCUGUUGGAUUGGCCCACCAGGUUUAAGAUUGCCUUGGAUGCAGCAGAGGGACUCUGCUAUCUGCACCAUGACUGUGUUCCGCCAAUUGUUCACAGGGAUGUUAAAUCCAAUAACAUACUAUUAGAUGCGGAGUUUGGGGCAAAAGUUUCUGAUUUUGGGGUUGCGAAAAUGGUCGAUGCUAAUGGAAAGGGACCUCAGUCCAUGUCUGUCAUUGCUGGUUCAUGUGGAUACAUUGCUCCAGAAUAUGCAUACACCCUUCGCGUUAAUGAAAAGAGUGACAUAUAUAGCUUCGGUGUUGUUAUCUUGGAGCUGGUAACUGGCAAGCCCUCAGUGUGCCCAGAGUUUGGGGAGAAGGACUUGGUGAAAUGGGUGUGCAGCAACAUUCAGCAGAAAGGGGAGGAGAGUGUAAUCGACUCCAAGCUGGAUAACUGCUACAAAGUGGAGAUUGCCAAAGUCCUCCACAUAGGUCUCCAUUGCACCAGUAAUCUUCCCAUCAACCGGCCUUCGAUGCGGAGGGUGGUUAAGAUGCUGGUUGAAGUUUGUGAAGAAAGCAAGCCGACUCUUCUACCGAAGGAUGGCAAACUGUCUCCAUACUACUAUGAAGAGGAUCCGGGGAGUGUUGCUUGAGAAGAAGCUUUAGGAGAGGGUCUGAAUAUCUUGGGCGCUCAUUUUUCUGAGAAUGAUAUGGAAGAUAUUCAAACUUCUGUGCCCCAGCCUUAAGUGAAAAGAAAGACGCUUGCCUGUUAUUGCAUUGGUGCCAACCAUGUAGAGAUUUACUGGCAUUAACCUUAUGUGAGAUGUUCCAUCUUUGUAGUUUAUUGUUGGCCUGAUUGCCGGAAUGCUGUACAACAGUAGUCUGCAUAACUGCUUUCAGGAUGUUAAAGGGUCAGUUUGUUGUAUUGGUUUGUGCAUCAAUCAUAUAAUCUUCUCUGAUGCGACAAGGAAAGCGGCUGUAAUCUCUUAGGUUUGCUGCACGCUUAUUUAUUUUGAUUUCUAUAUGGUAUGAGAGCCUCGAAGUAAUUGCGAU